AUGUCCAAAACAGCCAAUGUGGUUGACGGCGAAGCGUCCGAAUCUGAUUCAGAAGUAGAAAUUGAAAUAGGACGAUCUCCAGAUGUGUGUACAAGUACCAAAGGCUUUGUCAUAUCAGGAGAAGCUCCGGAGUCCGAUGAUGAAUCAAAGCUCCCAUCGAGGUCUUCACAAAAUGAAGUGGAUUCUCCGCUGCAUAUAUCAAUGUUUCCACCAAAGUCACCAACCAAAGUGAUGUACAAGUCACUCUUACAUCAAAAGCUAUGGGAAUGCAAUGUGUCCUUGCAAGCUAGUCUUGAAGGUUUGGUCGAGAACACAACAAGCAAUGCCGUUGAAAAAUUGUCAAGAGCAGAUAAAACUUUGCUUAGUGUACAAGAAAGUAUGAGAGCUACAAACGCAUCGCUCACGCUAGCCAGGGCUCGUCUGAAACAACUGCACUUGGAACUAGAAAAAGUGAACUGUGCUGGUGUAUUACCUAAUGUUAAAAUAAAGUAA